GAAUUGUCGACAGUCGACAGUCGACCACAUCUUGCUUCAUAAUGGCGGAAGCUGCCAUUUCUACCACGAUGAAACGCGACUUUAGUAAAGUUGUACUGACUCUGGAUAAUGUCCUAAUACCUGAUGAUAAGUUGUCAGAAACCCCCUCAAUGUCCGAUGGCCUUGACAAAGAGGUUGAAACCGAUCUGAGGAUUUUAGGAUGUGAACUUAUUCAGACUGCCGGAAUUCUUUUGAAGUUACCUCAGGUUAGUCAAGUUUAAAUUAAUAAAUAUCAAUUCUAUGCCAAUGAAUUACAUCGAAUUUCACAAUUAUUUUUGUACACAUAUUUUAGUAUGUCAAGAAUGUAAUUUAUUUAAAACUCCGUAGAUCAUAAAACUUAAUUCUCUAAAAAUAUGUAGGACCAAAGGUAGAGACAAACGGCGAAAAAUAGGGUGGAGAGGCUUGUCAACCGGAUCUCAAAAUGUAACCACUAACUGACUAACUGUGACUAACCUAGACCUAGAUUAGUAGUAGGCCCACUAAAUUAUAAAUAACUUUUGUGAUAUUGAUAGGUGGACUUAUAAAAUAUAAAAUAGAGCUUAAUUAAUAUAGACCUAUAUUUCGACUUCAUAAAUAAGGCCAUAUUAAAUUAGGGUUAGGUAACAUUAACAAUAUUUUAAUUUAAUCAUAUUCAAAACAGCCUACAUUUACAUGACUGUGACUCUGUGACUGUGUAGCCUGCCUACGGUACUGACAACUGAUACUGAACUGUGACGUGACUACACCGACUAACUAGUUGUAGUUACUGUCACCCCUUAUUAAACUACUAAGUUCAGUAACAGACAUCAUAUUAAAAGUUAAAGGCCACUCUACGUUUUUGUAAAAUUAUUGGUAAUCUUGCAGUUUAGGUGCAUAUAUUUAUAUUAUUUCUGAUCGAAAUCGCAUGUAAUCUUACGUAAUUCUUUAUAAAAUUUAUUCUAGACAGUAUUAGUUAGACUUAAAACUAAAUUGUAAAGCAAUAACUUUUCUUUUUAAUGAUUUUUACAGCCCGCGUUGGUACAUAGUCGAUAGCGUAAACAAUCUCUCCAUUUUCUUGGUUUUUUACAUACACCCUACAUGCCAGAUUGCAAUUUUUCAAUUGAAAGCAUAUUCACAUAAAGGAAAUGAGAAAAUAGAUUAUAUUAAAUCAUACCAAAAUUAUUUAUUGAUGCUUAACUUUUCAAACUAAAAGCAUGUUCACAAAAUAAAUUUAUGUAAAAUUGGCGUGUAUAUUGGCUAGUUUUAGGAAAAGUUAAAAUUAUGAGUUCAUGAUUAAACUUCAGUGCUGGUUUUUUAAUAUGGAUAAUCAAGUAUACGUUAUUAUGUGUACUACGUUUGAUCUCAUUCCAUUCACCCAUGCCCAUGCAGCCUGCAGGAGCCUUCGAUUGGAAUUAUAUUUAUUCACCCCCAUAUAAGAAAAAAAAAUGUUGAGCCCCUAUAAAAUACGAAGUGUCUACAUGUCUGGCGCGCCGGACAAAUAGUAUGGGACAUAUACGUCCGGUGUGCAUGUCACGUGACCGCCGGAUGACUAGUGGCAUUAUUAUUCCGAAGAAAGCAUCUUUUGAGAAGAUCGUGUGUGGUCUUGUGGUAGAGUGGCCGCUUAAUGAUAUUAUAUUUGUGGAUCAAUUUUAAUUUGAAAUUAUAUUUAAUCUAUAUUAUCAUGUUCAUCAUCAACAGUAGUUUUAUGAGAAGUUUUAAAAUAUUUUGUAGCAAUUCAAACAAUUUAAAAUGAAAUCUUUUACUUGUAUUGGUUGCCUACUCCAUACUGAAUACUGACCCAUAAUUUAUUUUAUGGAUUACUGGUACACAAACUCAAAUAACAAACUAAACAAAAAUGUUUACAAGCCACUUUCACUUUAAAUUUUUUUUUCUAUUAUUUGCAUGCAAGUUACUUAGUACAUUACUUGGUUAAGAAAUAGAUUUUAAAAUUUAACAAUAGUUUUGAAUCAUUCGCGGUAACGUGACAAGGCUGAUGACAAAAUAUCUCUCGCCACUUUGUUACGGCGGUCGUGUGACUUGGUCGUCAGGCAAAUACUGCGGGAGAUAUACGUCCGGCCCGCCGGACGUGUAGACACUGCCUAUAAAAUAACAGAACAUCUAAUUUAGUUCAACACCCCUCCUCCCCCAUAUUUCAUUGUUUUUGUGAACAUGGCUACAAUUUGAAAAUUUUGUUUAGCAUACGGCAUACCAACUUAUACUUAUAGGUGAUCAAAACUCUGGCAACAGGGUUAGAAAAUAAAAACAAAAGGAGCUAUAGAAAUUAGAAAUAAAACGAAAAUAAGUGAUGUAUAAUUCAGUAUUAGUUAACUAUCACUGCCUGGAUUUAAUUUAAUGAAGAAUACACGCAAGUUUACACCCGAUAGUACGAAAUUCGAUCAGAAAUAAUAUACGCACCUGAACUGCAAGAUUACCAAAUUAUUUAGUAAAUUUACGCUCUCCUUGCCAUGACAUUUCAUGGGUCAUGCAACCAAGAUGAUUCCCAUGUUAAAAAGACAGCUAAACCCUAACUCCUAAACCUAUUCCUUAGCCUAACCCUAGCCUGAUGCUCAAUAUGCCCGCAGCUUCAGUUUCACACUGACUGACACUGUGAUCUGUGGUAAAAAAACAGAAAAAUGAAGCAAAACAAUACAAAAUAAUUGUAAAAUAAUGAAAACCCAACUUUCCAAUAGAAUACAAUUUUUGCAAACUUUAUUUCAGGUCCACUAAAAGGAAAAUCCAAAAGUUCUGAGAAAAUCAAGUCAAAAUUAAAACCCAUUUUCCAAAAUCCGGAAAAUUUUAAUAUUUUAAAAUUAUAAUGAACCAACCAAUGAAAUAUUAAUUUAAAACAUUCCAUCAUUUUACUAAGGAAAAGUUAGCUUUAGUAACAACAAAAGGGAAAGAAUCCUAUACAGACACAAGUCAUGGCGCGGAAAUCGUAAAUUGAUCAAAUAUUUAAAAAAAUUAAUUACACUGUUGUUUGUGGUAAAUUUCUGAGCAUGCUUUGUCAUGCAGUAUCAGGAGUUUAAGUGCCAACAGAGUUGUAAAAAGAUCCUGUCCUGUUAAAAUUAAAGGACCAAAAUUCAGUUGAAAUUAAUAAAAGCAUUUUAGGCCCAUAUGCUCACUUAAAAGAUGUGGGUGGUGUAGCGUCUUGGUUAGCAUCUGUUUUGCAACAAUGAGGGCACCAUGUUUUGUAUUCCAGAUAGUUCAUCAGCUACACUUAUACCCAAUAUUUCAUCACACAUUCGCCUGAGCAUCAAUGUUGAUGUGCUUUAAUGAACUCAUCAAACAGUAAACAUUACCCCUCAAACCACUCCAUCAACUUCGUAGGCCAUAACAGAUGCUUAUAACUUCCUAGGCCAUAACACAGAUGCUUAUUUUCUACAUAUUAGGUGUUCUUUGAAAUAUUUUGUAUUAGACAACUGAGAGAAACAAGUGCCACAAUGGCACCCACAAACAUUAAGUUACCUGAAUAUGCUAGAUUCUUACAUGGGAGUGAUAUCAUGUGGUAUUGAUGGAUUAAUGUAAAUUGUCUAAAUGUUUCACUACCAUUCUUGCAGACAUUGUAAAUUAUCAUUAACUGUUAAUAUACUCUGAUAAGGGAAUUAACAUUAUAACAGUUUCUUUAGUGACACAAUAUUGUUUUGCUAUAAACUGAUAAACUGGAAUGGAAGCUGCGUGCCCCCCCCCCCCCCCCCCCCCCCAAUACCAGCAUUUCUCAAAGUGUAUUUCUUUGUGGGCCACAAAAACUUUGAAAAAUAUGUCUCUGUAUGUAUACUAGGGAGGGCGGCCAAAGAAAUAUAGACAAAAUGCAAGUGGGCCACAAGCAUAAAAAUGUUGAGAAUCGCUGGAAUGAGAAUCGCUGGUCUAGCCUAAGAGCUACUUCUUGUUCCACUAGCAUGAUUAUGACUAUGGAGAUGAAGGGCUUCAAUUUAGUUCAAUAGGCCUUUUCCCUUAUUUAAAAUAUCAGCUAAUUGAUUCAUUUCAUUUGAUUCAUCAAUUCAUUUUUGUGUUUUCAGGUUGCAAUGGCCACCGCACAGGUUGUGUUUCAGAGGUUCUACUACUCCAAAUCUUUCAUCAAGCACAACAUGGAGGUAAUUAUUUAAAUUUUUUCCAGAUAUUAUAAGAAAUAGCUAAAUAAAACAGUAUAUUGGUUACUCAGUGGGUUGACAAGUAGACCUGAAUCCACCCAUCUUUGUACACCACUUAUUGUUUUUGUUUAGCCACUUCUCCAUUAAAAGUCAUUAUUUAUUAGAUGCAGCAGGAAGCAAAAAUCAUGCCUGGAUUGGCAUGUAGGAAUCUCCACAAGGUUUUGAGAAAAUGUUGUUCUCUUUUUAAUGUAUGAUUACUGACUGUUGGCAGGUUGUGGCAAUGGCAAGCAUAAUGCUGGCCUCCAAGAUAGAAGAAUGUCCAAGAAGGAAUCGAGAUGUUAUAAAUGUGUUCCACCACAUUAAGCAAGUACGAAAUAGAAGGUAGGUCAAUCUCAUCUUUCUAAUUAUCAAAUUAGUCCAUUUGAUUUGCUUGAUAUAGCAUAGCUAAAAUAUUUUUGAAAUACUUGUAUAAGUAUCAUUUUUAGUUGCAUUUUUUCAAUAUUGAUGAAUUAUUGUCAGUUGAAAUUUCACUUUUUUGUUUUUACCAUUUUUGUAUAUUUAAUAGUAUUGUUUCAUUUGUAUUUAAAUUGCAGACGCAGGGUGUAUACAUUUUGUUUGUAUUAAUUAUAUCGCUAAUGAUUUCUAUAAAUUCAUUCAAUUAAAUUUAAAGGUUAUAAAUCUAGAAUAAGUUAUUUUGUAUUUUCAACAUCAGAACCUCUUAUUAACACUGUUCUUUUUCUUCCUCCCAACCUUCACAAAACUGGAUGUGCUACAGAUUUAUCUGUGUUGUGUGGCCUUGGGUUGGAGAAGUGGGAAGCCGGAGAUAGACAAACUCAAUUUCGUACACUCUUGUGUAUCAGUCUCGUCUGUCUCCUCCACCUCCUCGCUCAACCAGAAAGGCAUGCCUGGUUCCAUCUUACGCCAUGGGUCCAUAUGGUUUGUAUGAAUUAAACACAAAAAAUGCCAUUUGGGUAAUUGUAUUUUGUAAAAAAAAAAAAAAAAAAAAAAUGCAGUUUGGAAAAAUGUAUAUUGAAAAAAAAAAAAAAAAAAAAAAAAGAGAGAAAAAAGAAAAGAAACAAAGGUUCCUUUGACUGACUUUUGAUAUACAAUUUGAGAGUUUCAUGACUGAUAUGUUAUUGUUUUAUGCUUACCUGUCAAUGUUAUCAGUGGAAAUUAAUUUAAUAAUAUAAGAGUAGUUUGCUUUGCAUUUGUUUUUUAUUUGCAGAGGCUCUUAAAUUUAUAGUGCACAUGGAUCUUGAAGCAUUUUAAUAAUACUGCUUUAAUUUUUAUAACCAGACCAGCUUUUAAAUACAUGUUAUUCUCUAAUUAAAUGAUGUAAAUUAGACAUGAGUUAUCCGUUUGUAUUGUAUCCUAAAGAUACAUUCUUUAAUCCCAGAUAUUUCCACCCAAUUCAAUAUACUCCUUCCUUGAACUAUGACUCAGGACAACCAAGCCAGUGUCAUGAUCUCAACACCAGACUGGAACUGUGGGAGGCAUCUCCAAAAAUGGAGUUGAAAGUAGUCAGAACUAUUUUGAACUACUUGUUUUCAUGCUGAUGUUUUAAAUAUCUUUCUGUUACACAACCAUUUUUUAAAAUGUACAUAUUUUGUAAUAGGAUAAAUAUAUACUAUACAUUUUGACCAAAGGGUGCUUUAAUAUGUUUUUUUCAGGAUUUGAUUCCAAGAUUUUAUUGGUACAAGCUUUUACUUAAUCUAUAUCUCAUCACUUAAUCAUGUUUCAAAGAUAAUCUUUAUCUUAUCACUCUCACCAUUCAUAUUUCUAACACUCUAAAUUCUUGGUCUCCAAACAUUUUACAUUGAAAGAAACCUUUUCAAAAUAAAAUGCAUGUUCAAAUGCUCAAUUACCAAUACAUUUCUUACUGGAAGAACACACAAAUAACAUUUAGUGUGUAACUGUUAAUUAGAUAACUAUUGUGGUGCUACCUAAUCCACCAAGGAGUCCAUCAGAAUAUUCAGAAAUAAUGUCAUUUCAGUUUUGCUAGUUGAUGGUUUCUAAUAAUGAGUUUUCAUUUAAAGAGGUAGGGAUUUCCCAAAGUUUAUGUUCCCCCUUUUCUCAUAGAUAAGAAAUUUUCUGCCAAAAAUCAAAAUGUAUUACUGCAUAAAAGACAUCAUUUAAACUUGACAUUGAGUGAAAAUAAAUUAGCAUUUCAAAGUUUGAGGGAGGUUGGGGAAAAACAACAAUGUUGUAUGUAGAUUUUGUUAAUUUUUUUUCAUUUGUCCACUCAUUACUGUAACACACAGGAAUCUCAACCUUGAUUACUUAAUAAUUAUAUCAUUUAAAAGAUCACUAUAUUUGUUUACUUUAAUUUAUUAAAAACUUUUCCAUGUCUAUUGAAUUGAUUUUGUUUUCUGAACAAAACACUAAAUUUUAUUGUACUUAAAAAAACAUUGUGUCCUUGCUUCAUAUCCAUUUCAAUCUUUUUUAAUCUUUCAAAUCAAGCAAUAACAUAUUUUAUGUAAAAAGAAAGCAUAUGGCCAAACAACAAAAAUAAUAAUGUUCAAUAGUAAUUUCUUUUAGAGCAUUGAAAAAUCAUACUUGCCUGGCUGAGUGAAUUUCCUUUAAAAAAUAUUUUUUAACAGUUCAAAUUUGAACCUUCUAAAAACAGCUAUAGCAGUGAUACCCAUUAAAAAUGUGUGCUCUCAUCUCAACUUCAAAAACUAUAUGUACCGUUUUUAGCAGUCUCAAAAUUAACUUUUUCAUAUUUGCUCUGAGCUAUGGUCACUUUUUUUUUCCAACAAUCUUAAAGAAACUUUACUGAAUAUUAAAGCUCAUAUGUGUGCUGCAGGGUAGAUAUCUGCAUUUCUCCAUACUGAGACAUUAUCUUAACUUAUCAGUUAUUACCAUCUGUAGAGUAAAGUAUGGUAUUAAAUUUUAAUGUGGCAAAGUCAAACUCUCAAAUUUAUAACAAAAGUUCAGUCAUUGCCCCAAACAUGUUAUAUAUGAAUCUGUUGCACAUUCAGUUUUAUGCUUUGCUAUAGCAGUGUAACUCAUUGCCCAUUAGUAGCAGUUUUUAUGAUCUUAUCCUUAUAACUUUUGAUAAAAUAUUUCAUCCUUAUGUGAAGAUAUUUUUGGAUGAAAUUGCACUAAUUCUUUUUUCUUUUAGUCCCCAGAGUUUGAUAUAAAAUUAUUAUAUUGGAAACUGACAUUUUAUCACCAGUGUUCUUGUUUUUGGAUCAUUCCACGUCAGCAGUCUCAGUUUACAGACAUACAAAAUGUGACUGAAAAAUAUUCCUCUAUUUAUAAUUUCCCAUCAAUUUCAGGAACAUCCAUUCAUUGGUACUGGACCAGCAUUAUAUCAAUCUCAAGAAUCAAGUUAUUAAGGCAGAAAGAAGAGUUCUAAAAGAGCUGGGUUUUGCUGUUCAUGUCAAACAUCCACACAAAGUAAGUUCGUCAUUAUUUCUAGAGUUAAGUAAACAUUGAGGAAGUAAGUGUCCAAAGUUUGUGUUCUUAACUAUUGUGCACCUUGCUAACAUCAAGCCUUUUUCACUCCCAGAUCAUUGUAAUGUAUCUGAAAGUCCUGAACAGCACAGGAAAUAAAAAGUUGGUACAGUGUGCCUGGAACUUCAUGAAUGACAGCCUUCGCUCAGAUGUUUUCAUGCGAUUUCAUCCGGAGUCUAUUGCAUGUGCCUGUAUCUAUUUGGCUGCUCGUCAAUGCCAAGUUGCACUGCCCAAUAAUCCACCAUGGUUCUGGCUGUUUUCCGUUAACGAGGAAGAGAUCCAGCUCAUCUGCCUCUCCAUUCUCAGACUCUAUGCAAGACCAAAGGUUAGUGUAUUAUACAUUCACAGGUAAUUCAUGAGUUAAAAACGUGGGCCCAAAAGGUGACUCAUAAAUUUGAAAAUUUUAAAUAAAAAUAAAAAAUUAACGAGAAAGCUUAGAAAAAUCUCUAAUUUUCAAAUAUUUUAACCAUUUCUGAUGGUUGCAAAUAAAUACGGUACUCUGGGGUGUCUCAGCGCAUAGCAACACACACCUCAGAUUUUUAUUUCAAAAAAGCAAUGAAAUCAUGCUUCAUUUGAGACUUCAGAGAGUUUUUAUCUCGUUUCACUUUCAAUCUAUGUGUGCUUUAGUGCAGUGCGUCUUAUAUCCACCAUAUGUUCUCAUCCAUGAUGCCAAAAAUCAAUUUUUUUUUGGUAAUUACUACUUAUUUUUACGUCAUGAAUGCUAUAUUUAUUGCAGAAUUCCUUUAUGGAUGAAUUUAGCCUUCAUUCAUUAAUUUAUAUUUAGCAGAAUUUUUUUUCUUUUUCCAAAUGCACAUCAAUUGCGAAACAGAGUUAGAUUCUACUUGUCUUCCCCAUUGGAAUGAGUUAAUUUGAGCAAAUGUAAAUUAUAGGAAGUUAAAUUGUGAGCUGUUAUUAGAGCUGUUAUUAUUUUUCAGUCAUUGACAACAAAUUGUAAUAUAAGUGCUCAGUUUUUUAUUGUGUGUAAAUAAUUUCAGCCUAACUUCGAACAGCUAGAGAAAACAGUAGAAGAACUGAAACGCAAACAACAAGCUGCAAAGUCUAAAGCAAGAGGACUUGUUUCUGAUGUAGAUACACCUAACUCUACAUCUAGACAAAGUGAGUAUCGAACUAGGUUAUUUUGAGUUGUACUAUUUUUGUUUGUUUGGUGUAUUGAAAAAUAUGAAUAUUCAUGUUCAAAUCCUUGAUUACCUAAUACAUUUCAUACUGGAAGAACACACAAAUAACAAUGUGUGUCAAUUGUCAUUUUAGAUUCACCUAAAGUAUUCAGCCCCAAUCCAACCUCACUACUUCAAGCAAUGAAAAAAGAAAAGGAAAAGCUGGAGGUUAAAAAUACAGACAAUGGAGAUGCUGGGAGCGACAGGUCAGACCAAGACAAUGACAGAAGAGCAGGCAAAAAACGUAGUCAUGAAAGUGAUGAUAGUGAAAGAAGUGGGGCUUCAAAAUCUAAGUAAGUUAUUCAAACAGAAGAGUCCUAACACUGAGUGAUUAAAAUGUUCACAUAAUUUGAUAGCUUGUGUGAACCUUUUUGCCACUGUCAUAGUUACCUGUACAUAAAAUGUCAUUUUAGCCAUUAACUUUGUACAUUGAUUUGGAGAUUUUUCAAAGUCAAUUGGUUUAUUUUGAAAUUACACUUAAUGCCAAAAUAAUUUUACUUUGUUUCUAUAGGACACUCAUUUAAGGCUUAAAACCUUUACUUUCAGUUCAUCAAGUCAUUCUAGUCAAAGUCGGCAUAGCCCUAGAUCAGUCUCUCCAGCUUCUAAAAAGCACAGGCGGUCCCCCAGCAAUAAGAAAGUCAGUAGGCAAGAGCCUUUUGGGAGGGACAAGCAUAAAAGAAAAUACAGAUCUAGAUCACGCUCAUUCAGUCGUUCACCAGUUCGUGCACCUAAGAUGCCCAAAAAAUCUCGCAGGGUAGAUUAUAAAGAUUCACGGGAGCAGUACAAAGAAAAAGAUUAUUACAGAGAGAAGGAUCGUGAUUAUUACAGGGAGAAAGAGCGUGACUACUACAAGGAUAGAGAUUACAAGGAGAGGAGGUCGUAUUCCCCAGAAAAAGAUCGCCAUAGAUCACGUAAGCACCGUAGUAAUGGUCACAGAGAUAGCCCACUGAGGGAAAAGCUUGAUAAACACAGACGGUGACAUUAGUAAUCUUCUAGGUAAAUGCUGAAGACAACUGUAGUAAGGGAGCAAUUGUAAUCAUUCCUCAUGGCUGUGAUUCUAUAUGUUUGAGACCUUACUUGAUGUUUUGUGGAGGUCACAUUGAAGACAGUGUUUUACUAGUAGAACUUAAGCAGAAUGCAAAAAUUUUGCAUAUUACGGUACUAUAGAAAUAUUUCAAAUUUCUUUCAUUUGUAAAGAAACAGCAGCCAGUUGUGUGGUUUAUUUUCUUAUUAUCUUGUGCUAAGAAGAAGUGGGAGAAUAUUUUGUCAAGAGAUUUGACUCAUAGCAGUGUGCCUUCUGUGUUUAUAAAUUUUGAUAUACAUUUUCCUGCUUUCUACUUGGAAAAUGAUUGUCUUCAUUCUCUGAAUUCAUUGGUCAUUAUGUAAAUAUCUAAACAUUGAAAACCCUUAAUUUUAAAUCUCUUAUGUUUUGUUUUUUAGUAUUGUAGAGUAUAAACUGUUCUUAUCUCAGGGAUCAUAGCAUCAUAUAGUUCAGUACCGGUACUUAAAAUUUUUUUAAAUAUAUGUUGCAGGUCUUUUCUUCAUCCAUCUACAUACAUAAGUAAUAAGAUAUUUUACUUUCCUGCAGCUGCUAAGUGCACAAGAUCACUCUAUUCUUGCAAAGCUUAUCUUCUUUCAUUAAACUCUUUUCUUGUUCUGCAGUUUACAAUUGUUUUUUAAAACACAGUUUUAAUUUGGUUCUAAAUUCAGGAAGUAGAGAGCAAUAAAUAUUUCUUUAAGAUUUAUCCCACAGAUAUCUUGUGCAAGUGGCACACUUCAUUUCUUGGUUUUAAAGAGCACUCCAUAGUGAGCAGCUAUGAGUUUUGUAUUUCAGUAAAUAGUUAACCUCCAGGGAACUUGUUAAUAUAUGUAAGUAGGAAGCCAUUAUGUCAUAUUUUGUGGACCUCCUAACUGGGGCGGUUUGAUUGACCGAAAAAUGGAUGAAAGUAUGGACUCAAGUUUGUGCAAGAAUGUAGUAAUCGAAUUGUGAAUGCUUAUUUUCUAUGAAAGUGAUCCACCUUUAAAUAGUUAAUAAUUUCUAUAAACACACAUAACAUUGUUAUGAAUGAUCUUUUUGUAUAUAUAAAUAUAAAUAAUUUGUUUUCUGGUAUUCAUUUUAAAAAAAACAUUGAAAGUAUUAUGGGUUGGUAUAAUUGCAAGGAUGCUGGCGAUUUAAAUGUCAUCAAAUACAGAAUUGUUUUGUUUAAAAUACACUAAAAAAGAUUUACAAUUACUGUCAAUGGACAAUUAAUUUUCUGUUGUUUUUGUUAAAAAUCUGGAAUAUUAAUUGGGGGGGGGGUCUCACUGGUAAUGUUAAAUGAAUACAUGAAUGGAAAGAAAAAUAGGUCAUUCUGCACUACCAUUACUUUUUUUUCCUUCAAAAGUUAGAACAUUAUCUUAACUCAAAUGCCAGUAUAUUUUGUAGUGUAAAACAAGUCAGUGGCCUAGGAAAAGGGGUGGGGAUGACCCACCCCUGGUGGCAGUUUGUUUUUAAUUUAUAGGGGUGGGCAGCAUCUUCUGCGCUAAAGACUGUUUGCCAAUUACUAUUCGUAAUUAUAAGAAUAAGAUACCGGUAUUGAAACUCUGGUUGUCUAAAUUCUGUUCAUUGUAUUAAGUCUUAUUUUGACCCAGUUAAAUUGAGAUAUUAGGUCCAAAAAAAAAAGUAGAGAAACAGAAAAAUCAAGCUUUCCAUUAGGGCAGGCCUGCACAACAUGGGGGCCGCUCAGCACCACUUUGCAGCCCGCGAAGUAACGAAAUACUCUUUAUUCUUAUCUUCCUAAUAGCUUUCCCCCGUCCUAUUUUCUUUUGGCCUGCACAAGUCAUGUCCAAAUUUCUUUUGGCCUGCACAAAUGUUUCGUAAAGUAUUACGGCCGGGCUUACAUUUUGAGUUGUGCAGGCCUUUAUUAGGGGAUAGUUAUUAAUGGGACAAGUUUGGGGAAGCUGGAUGGCCUACAAUAACAAGUUCAAUGCUGGCCUGUGUGACAGCUGCAAUAAUAUAGGCCGGCACUAUAAUAAUUAUUUUUUAUUCCAAAUGUUUAAGAAUUCCUGGGCUUGUAGAGACUGGAACCCAGGAGUAGCCGCAGUUUUAAAUAAAAUAAAAUUAGCUUAAAAUGCAGCCAUUGUGAUUUUAUGCAUUUAAUUAUUAGUAGUUUAUUAGUCAAAUCUAUAUCAUAUUUUAAUUAUAAUUUCACUACUUUUAUUUUAUGCCGCCCCUGGGAACUGUUAUUGAAAAGAAAUGGUUUCAUUUUCUUAUAUGGUAAAUCCACCACUGCGAUUAUGACUUUGAACAUAAUCAUAUGUUUGAGCAAUAAUUCUUCCUUGUUAUGAUUGCUAGUCGGAUUAAGGCGUUUAAGGCAAUAUGUACAGUCAACAUGGGGACACAUGGCUGUCUCUUCAUUGUCAAGAGAUAGUGCUUUUAGCACACCCAGGCACGUUGGCUAAAGGGAUUGAACAUGUGGAACAAUGACAAAUUAAAAUCUGGACUAAAUACCCCUUCAAGGCUUGCAAUUUUGCACAAUUGACCAAAUGCUUCUUUAGCUAUUCAGACCAGAUCCUAGAAUAAACCAGUGCCAAAACUUAACUAGACAACAAUGGGCAGCAAUAGGUUUAUAUAUGUAUUAAAUUAUUUUUUGUGUCAAAAGUUUAUACAAAUUAGUUUUAUGAUUCAUAUAAAUAUUAAAUAUUACUAUUUAGUAACUUUUAGUAUUAGAAAGAAAUCAUGGUAUAAAUCUGUGUAGGUUAGCGCAAUACUUGAUUCAGAAAUGCGCUAAGAUUAAUCCUUUCAUUUGAAUUUUUUUUGAGGAGGGGCUCAGUGAGCACUACUCACCCAAGCCCCUACUUUUGCAAAUUCAAAGUCCACACUAUGUCUCACUACGCCACUGACACACGUUUAUCCAUUUGUGUCUCUUUGAUACACACUGACAUAAAAAUAAAUGCUUAGUAUUGUGUAUUUAUUUCCUACAUUGGUCAUUGUGAACAGAAAGUGAUGUGGUUAGACAAUUUAUAUGUUGACACUUUUAGCAUUUUUACUUCAAAACGAACUUUCUGUAGAAACACUUAAUUUGAAACCUAUAAUUCCAGGGAUGGGGAGGGGGCAGGGCUACUUUCUUUGAAUGAUUGUAUUCACAGAAAUGAAUUUGCAGUUUUAUUCUUGUAUUUGUACAGUUUGAAAUGAUCAGAUAUCAUAACCAGGAUUUGGUGAUAAUUGGUUUUGUUUUAUGUCUAUAUAACUUGAAAGAAAUAUUCACCACACAGAUGUUAAUCUCUGAGUUGGUUAAUUUAAAUGAUGGCGAGGGAGGCCAUCAUGUCAUGUUUCCUGUGCCUCAACUUUGCUAUAUAUUUGCCCUGUUAUCAGUCUUUGUGUGUCCCCCAACAUUAUCUUUGUGGUCUGAUCCCAAAGACCCUAUCAAUAACUUUUAUUAAAAAAAUGUGUUAACAUUACCAGUUUGCAGAACCUGUCUUAGAUAUUCUUAUGAAAUUAGCUAAGUUAAAACGUGAGAAACAAUCUUAUAAUUUAAGGGCAACUGUUAAUGAACAUAUUCUUAUGCAGUCUACCCAAUCUCACAUUGAACUAAAUUCACCUUUAUAAAUUUAGUCUUUAAUGAUUUGUCAGGCCAUUUAAAAAAAAAAUAAUUUGUAUAUAUAUAUAUAUAAUGUCUGUG